AUGACCGUGUGCAGGCCAAGUGCAGUACUGAUCAUCUUCAUUUCAAUGAUAAGUGAAGAGGUGUACUCAUCAUCAGUGUCUCUGACUGUUGAGGGAGGAAUGAGUCUGGUUGGUGAAUACUGUCCUGGAACUGUCAGACUGUUCUGUGAGGGAGUGGACCUCACACAUGUGAAUGAGACAAGAAAUAUCUCAAUUUUGACCUCCGCAUCUGUUGAACUUGUUCGAGUGUCACAAGAUAGAAUUUCUAAAGUUUUUGCGAAUUUCUCAUCAAUUCUUACUUUAGAACUUUCUCAAACAGCCAUUGAGAUACAUAAUAUUAUGAGGAUCAGCUGUGGUGACGCAGAAACCAACAAUAACACCUUGGUGAACAUCUCAAUAGUAAAAGAAACACUGCCCGAUGUCUCUAACUUCAGUGCUGAAUGUUCGCAAUAUCAGGAGGAGAUGUUUUACAAUAUUUCCCUUCUCUAUGACAAUACAAGCUAUAGCAAAAGUGUGAGCAGUAGUGUAUGUACACCAACUUGCUUUGUCCCCUUUGAAGUCUCGGUGACUGGAAAUGACAGGAUCUAUGUUGUCACCCUUCAAGCUAGAAACAGCAUAGGGACUAGUAAUAUCACUACAUACAGCGGUAUCAUACCAGCUGGUGCUAUUAUGUGUGAUACACCUUCUACUCCUAUCAACGGGAGCCUUAGUAUUUUAUCUGCUGAAUCUGGUUUCACGGAAGGAUCAGAAAUUGUGCUCCAAUGUGAUGAUGGUCUACUUCCCAGUCACCCAAGAACAGCAACUUGUGUUAAAGUUUCAGGAAGAGGAGAGUGGGUGCCAAAUCCUGCUGACCUGCAUUGCAAAGCACCCAUUACUAACAAAUCAGUUCACAUCAAUACGUCUUGUGUAUCAGAGAAAGAUGGCUACUCUUUAUCAAAUGCUGAGAUUACUGGAAUGAGCACAGGCAUAACAUUCUUAAUGGCAACACUCCUUGGAUUCCUCACUGGACUCGUAGUGAUGCACUUUUGCUCUCGUAAGAAGGCAGUGUACUCCUCGGCAGCUGAAGGACAAGCUAACGUAGGACCCAUUGCAUUAACUGGUCCUGUUUAUGAGGAGGUGUUGCCUAAAGAAGAGAUUGAACUGAACACUAACCAAGCUUAUGGACCAGUAAGAGUGUGAAAAACACGACUGUGUUAGUAAAUUUCCAGCCAAUAUUAUUGUGGUAUAUUUGACGAGUCAGAUAGUAUUCCCUCCACUGGUGUGAUGAGCUGAAUUGAUCAUUAUCUCAAUCAUCUGUUUACAGUGCAAUCACAUACACUGAAACUAAUUGUUGUCACCAAUUACGA